AAGAGACCAUGUUUCCUGUAGCCGUCUUUUAUCUGCUCACGGUCAUUUGUGCUGCCAGACGGAGCCACACUCUCCCUCUGUAUGCUGAGUCGGACCUGGAACCUCCAGCAGAAUUUAUCCAAAAACUAGUUUCUGAAGUGGAAGAUGGAGGGAGCCCAACUGAAGGGCAACAGAGGGAGACCAGUCAUUUGUUUCCUCUGCUGAUGCAGCACAGUGUGGACACAGACUCAUGGAGUAAAGGAGCCAAAGAUUCCACACAGCAAGAAAACUAUGCAAAUAUGGUGGAGGAUCUGAAAGAAGCUGUUUUAAAGCUGGCAGCUGUCGACAAACUUCGAUCCCACAGUUUUCUGAGAUCAGAGCAGAAUCUCCCUAAAGCUAACAAGCGAGCGUGUUUCUGGAAAUACUGUGUGACCAACUAGAGGCAGCAGAAACGCCAGCCUCCCACAGACAAAACAGAAAUCAUAUAUUUUUGAAGAUGUCUUAUUGUUUUUGUUGCUCAAAAUAAAAUUAAAGCUCAG